AUGCUGUUGAGGCUCGUCCCCAGGGACAGGGUCGGGGGUUUGUUCCCCGGAAUCUCUCCACCAUCAUCUCAACGGGCAUCCCUUGCUUUGCUGGGAACGACGACGACGACGACAACGACUUACACGCCCAACUUCAAACACAAAGUCCAAGUUCACUACUACAGCACUUUCAGCGAUAACAGCAAGAAGAAUGCAGACGGCAUCGGCAGGAUCAAUACUCAAACGGAUCUCCCCAAGACCGUCAAAUGUCUGUCUGUCGCCGUCAACCCCGAGGCCUGGCAUCAAUAUCUGUCUGGAGGACCGGGAGAUAUAUACAGGAACCGAAUGAAUCCGCGAAACCCACGUGUCUUCAUCGGCCCUGCCAUACGCACUUUCUACCAUAAAAGCAUCCUCGCUUAUGGCGGAGACGUGCGAGCGGACUGCGUUAUCAUUCUUGCCUCCUUGAAAUUCUUCCAGGAAAUCCAAUGCGCUCACACCUUUCUAUUCAACACGGUAAACGAACUCUUCCCACGUACAGAAGUAGGGCCCCUGCAGAAGUCCGAGGUGCUCAAAGACAAGUUGAACGUCGUCGCCGCCGUGGUAGACAAGAUCCCGGUAUGGCAAGCUCCCGGCCAUGCUCCCAGCGCCACCGUAACUUCGGAAGGGUUCAGCAUCCUCACCGGACCGAUCGAACACCUUUUGCCUGGCCUGUGGGACAACUCGGACUUCUCGUGGAGCACCAUGAGGAACGAAACCGACCCCCUCUUUCACGAGCGCAUGUACAAACAUCUUCUAGUUGGUUCCACGGGGAACGCUGAGAAGGUUGUGAAGCCGAUGCCCUAUUCUUCCGGACCACCCCCAGUCCUCGAGUUCCGCAUCAACCCCUUGCGCGGCAACGACCAGCCUAUACAAGUUACCCUCCCACUCGCCAACACGAGUUACGCUACUUCUACCGCCGCCCAACGUGGCACGACACCCUACAUACUGGAGGUCUCGGCUUGGGCGCGAUCGCUCGAGAAACAAAAGCUGCGUCCCAUCCACGUGGAGGCCAACACCCGGACCCAUGUCACCAUCCAAACGACCUCUUUGAAAAAUCCCUGGCCAAGCAUAUCUUAUCUCCCGCUCACCCCCGUCACGUCUCCGCGCAAGAUCAUUAGCGGUUUGGGGAACAUUCUCAAGCAGGUCGAGAUUGACGGCGAGAAGGCCCCGGCUAGCAAGGAGCUUGAGGAUGUGAUCCCGAAGCUGCUUUCUUUGAGAGCCAGCUCCCAGAGACCACUUCUGAACCCCCUGGAUAGUCACGCUGUCAAGGUCUGGGCUCUUGUCAUCCCGGAUGAGGUGUACCAGAAGUUUGCGAAGCUUGAGCCUUAUUCUGCCCAGCUCCCCGGGAUGUUUCCACUUCCUUCUUUCGAUCUCGCAGAGUCCAGUACCACCGACGAACUGAAAUUGGCUAAACUUUGCACUAGGACUCUCCAGGCCUUAUUGCUAGCCGGAUGUCAUAUCCGGGAAGUUCUAAGUGGCGGCGGAGGCUGGGGUGCUAAACAAGGUCUCCUGUCUCUCGAUCCUCAGGACCGAGACAGUCGCCGCAAAACCCUCAAGAACAACAACGAAGCCAAGGAGGAAGAAGUAGAAGAAGACGACGACGACGACAUGGAAGGUCUCGAGCGUUUCCUCCGCACCCUCCGCGGCGAGCAAAACGUAGGCGACAUCGCCUCCCCCGGAUCCUGGGUGCAAUUCUUGGUCGCGCCCGCCCACCUCGAGAGGCCGCCGUGGGAUCCCGAAAAAUCCAAAGCCGUCAUCAAAAAAAGCCGCAGGCCGACAGAGAAGAUGACCUUGGGCAUCGCGGAUGCGGUCCAGGAGUACGCUCCCGCGUGGGACCCGGAGUUCACGGAGAACAGGGAGAGCGAGAGGUACAAGUACCGCUGGACCGACCCGAACGGCGUCGAGAUUUACACGUACCAGUUUGGUGCGCUGACGAAUGGGAGUUUGUGGCUGGAUCUCAUGAAGCCGGCAAAAGCUAAGGCAGAGACAACCGCAGCGACGGAACCAGAGACACCAGCAACAGCAACAGCUACAGAGACAACAACGGAAAACAGCACAACGGAAAACAGCACGACGAAAGAUGUGAGCCUCAAAGUCAACGGACAACAACAAAAACAACAACAAGAAGAAGAAGAAGAAGAAGACCUAUGGAAAGAUUUGGAGACGGUUUCGGAAAGAAAGAUUACGGUCCCGCGCUGUUGGCUUCGAGCGGACAUCGAGCAGCGGCAGUUACCCGCAGUGCGGGCACCACAAUCCCACCAGUUACCACCGUUAUCUCACGGACUCAAACGACUUGGGUUCCCCUCCCGCCGGUUAACCCAUUAG